AUGUCCCUCGUUCGAUUGGCAUCGAUUAAGUUCGGUAUGGUCUUGGGUAUCUUGAAGUUCCGCGGUUCCAAACCGAUUAAAUGCUUCGCUGCCACCCCAGCCAUGACCAAGUUUGCCAAGAACUGGUUGAAACCAGUCGCAAAUUCCGAAGCCUGGUCGGUACGCACACCCAGGGGCCAGCGGUAUGAUGGAAGUUCUUCUAUCAUGAAGGAUAGUGACCCCAUAAAAAUGAAUAUCAACAGCUACGUUGGUGCUGAUACAUAUUCUUUCAUGGUUAAGAUAGCGGGCUUCGAGUUUGUAAUAUGUGACACCAUAGCGCAUGAUCGCCUAUACCACGCCUCGGGUUUUCAGUGCCCAGACACUUGGUAA